UGCGUAGUGCCGUUAAACAGUAUAACGCUGAGACUUAAAAAUUUAAAAUUCCGACUAAAAACAAUUGCAACCAUUAUUAAAAUGGCCGGAGAAAUAAUGAGUAAGGUAGCCUUUUCCUCAAAGGUUCCUCUUUUGAUGAAAGCAACUUCUGAUAGUUCUCAACCAACACCUGGUUAUCUUUUUGAAGAUAUACAAAAAAUAUCUUAUGAAUCUAUUGACUAUUGUAUAUAUAUGGCUGAUUUUUUGAUUGAUCGCCUUAAAAAGAAAUCCUUACAUGUAAAGUUAAAGGCAUUACAAGUUAUACGUUAUGUUGUUGAUAGGGGCCACAGAGAGUUUACAAUUUAUAUUCGAAAAAAUUCAAAUAGUAUACGUGAACUACAAAGUUUAAAUGGCCCUCCUGACAUUCUGCAUGGGGAUGCUUUUUAUGUGAAUAUACGGAAUGCUGCCACGGAACUCUUGACAAUUCUUUUUGAUCUUGAAAGGGAUCAACAUUUUAAGCAAACAAGUUGGGUUUCUUCAGAUCCGAUUGAAAAAUGUUUUGGAAAGUUACAUCAAGGAUCAGGUAUUGCACAAUCAUCAUCAGGAUUUGGAAUUUCAUCUCCUCCAAGCAACAGCAAUAUUUUAAGUUCAAUUUAUGAUAAAGUUAAAGAGGUUAUUCCAAGUUUUUUACAAACGCAAACAGAAAGUCAACUUGUUAAAGAUAAUUAUUAUCAGCAAUUUAACGAGACUCCUAAAAUUAAUAGCCCAUCAGACACUAUUUGGUCAUUUGUUGGUCAAAAAAGUAAUGGAGCAAUGUCAUAUCAAGUAAUGUCAAAGAAAGACAAUGAUUCUUCUGGAUAUCAAUCUCCUGUUCUAAAUAAUACUUUAGAUUAUCAGCCUCCUGUUUCAAAUUCUUUUUCUCAUAGAAACAACAUACAAACAAAUCAAGACGCUUCCCUUAGAGAAACCCCAAAAAGUUCAGAAAAUAUCAAAGUUUCUGAAACUACUAAAACUUCAGAAACCACCAUUUUAACAGAAGUGCCAGAUACAUUGUUUCAAGGACUGUGUGUCCAGGAACGUUCUAAACCUAAUAAUAGUUCAGAAAUAUACACAACAAAAUGUGAAAAUCAAUAUGAGCAAAGUUUAUUAAACGAUCAAUUUUCAUGCUUUAUGAGUAAUACCCAAAAUAGCAAAAACAAUUUUUUGAAUGAUGAUCUUUCUGAAAAAAAUUGGUUGUUUUCUUCUUUUAAUGAGGGAAAUGUUGUAAAAACUGAGGCUAACUGUUAUGUUACAUCAAACGGUACAGCUAACUCUUAUGAUUCUUACCAUGUAAAUAAAUCAAAUACUAUUAAAAACAAUGACAAUAAAUCUUUAUCUUUUAAUUCUCAGAAACACUCUUAUAAUGAUAGUAGUUUUAUACUCCCUAAUGAUGUUAACCAGAAACAGAACUGUUUAGAAAGUUUACCAACAUCGCUAUAUAAACAAUCUACAGAAAAACAAAAUAGAGAAACUGAAGAAUAUCUGGUUUCCCAAAGUACUUAUCGAGCACAACUACUUCAAAGUGUUGGAAAUAGCUCUGAAAAAUCUUUAACAAACGCUUUUAUCCAAAAUCAACAACAAACUGCUGCUGUUAAGUUGAAAGAGCUUGAUAAUUUUGAUCCUUUUUCUGUAGAGAUUCCUUCAACAAACCAUACAAUGACUUAUGCAGCAAACCUCCAUCAGAAUCAACCUCCUCAAACUCAGUAUCCCUCAAAUCCAACAGUGUUUCAAAAUUCUGCAAUUCAACGUUUUCCUCAGCAACAACAAAAUAAUUUCCAUUUUCAAAAUAGUUUCCAUCAACAAAAUGUUCCAAGAUACCUUGGCAAUUGUACAUAUAAUAAUCAUGCACCGUUAGGUACCAAUGAAAUAGUUCUAUCUCCGUCUCAAAAUGUAACUGGUUUUACUAGUCAAAGACCUGCUGUCAGAAUAAGUAAUACUCAAGUAAAAGACUCGUUUAGUUUUGUACAGGAUGCAAUGAAGUCUAGUAUGAAUAAAUAAAAAGUUAGGCGAACGAUAGAUGUUUGUUUAUAUUUUUUAUAAGUUAAUGUUACUAACUGUUUAGUCACUUGUGUAUAUGUUUAAAUAUUUUGAAAAUCUAAACUGCACUAUAAAAUAAUAUAGUAUAAUAAUAAAUG